AUGGAUAAUCCGUUUGCUAAUAAUCUCCAGAACGUGACGGAUCCUUCUGAUUUCAAGUCCACAAAGAUGCCUAAGUUGACCGAACUUGAUGCUCUCCAACGCUGUUUUAUUUGCAAAGAGUUCAUGAAAGCGCCAAUGACUACAAGCUGCAAUCAUACAUUUUGUUCUCAUUGCAUACGAGAAUACUUGGUGGUCAAUAGUAGUUGCCCGUUGUGUAAGACAGAACAGUUCGAGAGCAACCUCAAGAAAGUGAUAUUACUUGAAGAAAUCAUAAACUGCUAUGUUGCGUUGCGGCACGAUUUAUUACUGGUUAUUGGCAACGAAAUUUCACCUGAAAAUGAACAGAAACAAGAAAUAAUAGAGGUUUCUGACGAAGAGCCACCACUAAAGAAACACAAGAAUGCAGCGGCAAUUCCUACGCGAGACGAACUUGUAGAUUGUCCAAUUUGCUCGAGAAAGAUGACGGCACAGGUAUUACAAUCGAGACAUAUUGAUGAGUGCUUGGGCUAUAAGAAGCCCACCCCACGAAAGAAAAAUGCUGGUUCAUCAAACUCGGCAAUAUCGUCCUUUUUUCAGCAUCCUAAACGCACCGUUUCCCCCGUUCCAAGACCCACUAAAGACCACCUGAACUUUUACUUUAAUGAAGUUGACAAACACAACGCCGCAGAGACCAAGAAACUACCCAAGUUGGACUUUAAGUCCCUUUCUACGCCCAGACUUAAAGAAAAGCUUUCACAAAUAAGACUACUGACAGCAGGUACCAGGACUCAACUUGAGCUUCGAUAUAAUCAUUUUUACAUUCUCUUCAACUCAAACUUAGACAGCAACCACCCGGUGCUGGAAAAGGUGCUACACCAAAGACUCAACCAAUGGGAAGGAUCUCAUCUGGCAUUUGGAGGUUCAGCGGGUUCAGAUCUUUUCUCAAGCCGCAGUAUCAGCUUUAAACUGAUCACUGACAAAGAUUUUCUGGUAAAGAGAUGGCUACAGGAAUACCACAAAGAGUUCAAAGGUUUGAUAAAGAGCGCCAGGCUAAGUCAUCAGCAGAAACGUGAAAUAUCUGUUAUUUCUAAUGGCACGGCAGAUGCGGCUGAGAUCGAAGAAAAGUCCGCGGAAACCGGAAAAUCUCACGACGAAUGA